CGUCCCGUUCCAACAGCGGUACAGACAAGCAUCGAGUGUCAUCCAUAGUUUGCUCUCUUCCAACCCGGCUGCUUAUACUGUCGACGUAGGCGCACUCUCGGCAACUCUCGUCGCCUCGCAAGGCCUACCACCUUUGUCUGGCUCUGUUGAGGCCGUGACGAACGCUGGCACGGGUGCUACUGCUGCUACUGCUACUGGUGAUUUAGGGUCGGACGACAGCGAGUGUGUGGCUACAAGCUUGGCUUCUGGAAGAUCAUCGUCGACAAGCUCUUGCUGCACUCUGCUGUGAGCCAACACUAUGGUCGUCUUCUCGCCCUUUGCUGCCCUCCGCAUCGACGUGGUGAGCCAUGGCCCAUCAGCUCGGGGCUCGCGUGGUCAACAACAUGGCUCUCGGGGUCGAGGGCGGGCCAAAGAAGCUCGACGUGCUCAAGGUCCGCAGAGUCGUCUCCAUGAUCCUCUCGUCCAACGCCACCUUUGCAUCGGUCCUCGCCCAGGCUGCCAGGGUCCCAGCGCCACACGGUCGUGGCAGCGGGCCGUUUCAUCUCAACCUGCGCAAGGCUCCACGCAAGGCUGCGCUCGCUUCGUUUGUCCUCCCACUGCAGACUAGCGCUGCCGCCGUCGACGUCGCCGCCAAGGCGCUCAACGGGACGCCAAUGGCAGUCGCUGGCUCGCGCGAGCCUCUGCUUCUUCGGGUAACGGUCGACCCGUCGCUUGGCCCCGGGCAUCGUCUCUUCGAUUCGCCUGCAAGCCCGCUGCGCAAGGCGCUUGCCGCGCCGGGCGCGCAGCACACCACCGUACGCAUGAUCGGCGUGCCCGGCGGUGCGUGCACCACCCUCACCCAGUACCUGCAAGCAACACUGGCGCCAGCCAGCAUGGCUGUCGACGCCAUCUCGGACAUCUCAGUCACCAGUCGCGGAACCGUUCACGAGGCUACCGCUGUCGUCUCGCUCACCUUUUCCUCGUCCGAUGCCCUCGCUGCUGCGCUCCGCACUCUCGCCGGCCACGUCAUCUUCCUCUCGCCAACCUCCAAGGAGCCGAUCCGCUACCGGCUCAAGCUUGGUGCCGUGCCGUCCGUUGACAAGCCGUCGCCAUCGCCGGCGGUUCCCGACCCGGCGUCCAACCUCGGCGUCUUUGAGCAGCAGGUGCCUGCCGCUCCGGGCCCGACCACCACCCGCUCCGCCUCGCCCGAGUCGGACCCGUCCAUCCACUCGAACCACAACUCGGGCUCGGACCACAACGUGUUGCCGGACGCUGUCACGGCCUCGGCCUCGGCCUCGGACGCCGGCGCCUUGGCGCACACCCACGGUGCAUCAGACGCUACCGCCCCGGGCACCGUUCCACCGUCGCGCUCGCCGUCGUCGGUCCCCUCGCGCGAAUUUGUUCGCUCCAAGUCGCUCUCGCGCUCGCUCGUCCCCGCCCUUUUGCCGUCCCACUCGAGCUCGCCCGCCCUGCUUGUCGCCCCCGCGCCCAUGCCCUCUGCCCUCGCCACCACCCUCGCUACCGUCUACGCCAACCGCGCCACCGUCCGUGCCGGUGACGCUGUCUUUGCCCCGUCGCCGCACUCGUCGCGCCGGAAGAACCCCGACGUCCCGCGCUCGGGCUCAGGGGCGACGCGCGCGCCCACCUCGACCUCGUCUUCGACUCCGGCGGCUGCGCAGCCGCCGGUCUCCACCAUCACCCGCUUCUUCGGCGCCACCACCCGCUCGCCGGUCCACCCUAUCGUUCGCCGCAUGGCUUCUCCCCACAAUACGCCCGCAGCAGGUGAAGAGGAGGCUGCCCAGCCCAGCCCGCCGAGCUCGGCUCGCAAGAACCUGGACGGCACCCUCCGCGCCGCUGCCUCGACUGCUGCUGACGCCGAUGCCGACGACGACGACAUGGCCGACGUCUCGUUCCACGAACUGUCCAAAGUCCUCAACCUCGCAGUGAGCGAAACCGAGGGCCGGGCCAAAGUCGAUGCUCCGGAGCCGCCGCGGCCGGCACCGUCGGCCCGGCUUGCCUCGGUCUGGCUCUCGUCACGGACCUCGGCCUCGCCUACGCCGCUCAACAGCUCACCAGCCGAAAUGUCGCGGACCCGAUCGUCGUCGGCGGGGACCGCCGAGUGCCGCUCGGCGCUCGGCUCGUCGCAGGGUGAGCCGGCCGCAGGCUCGGCACGGACCAAGAUUUUCGAGCUCCUCGGCCGUAUCCGCACCAACCUCUCCCGCGGUGCCGAGUCGAGCCCGCCGGGCUCGCCUGCUGCGAGCGCCAAGCUCGCCCAGCCGCCGCCGACUGUCGUCGCCGCCACCACCGCGUCAGCGGCGACGAUCACUCCGCGGGUUUCUGUCUCAUCGUCAGCUGUUGCUGUCGCCGCCGAGCCUGAGGCGGCUGCGCCCGACACAGGCAUUGACGACCCUAGCUUUACGGCCUCGCUCCUGCAGCUGUUUGAGGACUACGAGGCAAACGCUCCUGCAUCGGUGACCGCGGCACAAAAUCCCGCCCCGCACACCGCACAGGCCCCGCCGAUUGCACUGGCGGUGAGCUCUGAGGAACGACCCGAGACCCAGGCCGAGCCGGUAGCCUCGUCUCCGGCCGUGCCACUGGCGACCGCAAGCACCAAGCGGACGUGCAAGCGCAAGCUCUCCGACAUUGAUCCGGAGCUUGCGUCGCUCCUCCUCACUGGCGCCUGCCUCUCACCACCCGGAUGGGACGCCGGGCCGUCUGGUGCCGGUAUGCUCACGCCGAACCAGUCUGCGCUGGGCGGCGAGCCCGGGCAGCCAACGUCCGAGUCGGGUCUCGGCCUGCCGCCGCUCUCGGCGUCGGCGUCGACAACAGCUAGCAAGCGGCAGCGGCUCGAGCCCGAGGUGGUGAUCUUUUCGGAGCAACGGCGUGCCCGGCGGACAGCGUUUGGCGAGGAGCAGCUGCGCAACCAGCGGCGGUAUCUGCGGUACAAGGUCAUCCGCAUCCGCGAGGAGCUCGACAAGACCGUGCAUCCCAACCCGAGCGGCAACUUUCGGGUUCUGGAGCGCGUGCUGACCUUGCUUGACGAGACCACGCACGACGUCAAGACCGCAGUCCUCCGUGGGCAGUGGAUGGAGUGCAUGGUGGCAGUCGACUGUGUGGUGCAUGUGGUUGGUUCAUUUUCGCGGAGCGAGCGAGUCAUUGUCAUUGACAACGAGUCUAACUUUCUCAUCGUGCUCCCAGAUGAGUUGGUGUCGGGCACCCAGGUCUCGGGCUCGUUCUACUGCAUGCGGCAAAAGGUGCUCGACUCACGGAUCUCGUCGCUUGCCGGCGCGUCGUCGGCCAUGCUCUUUGGCUCGCUCAUCCACGAGCUCUUCCAGACCGCGCUCGGUGCCAACUGCUUCGAGACAGCGUUUUUGGAGGCCACCGUUGCCAAGCUUGUCGCCAGCAACCUCUCCGAGCUGUACUUUGUCGAUGAGGACGAGACGACGGCACAUCAAGCACUGUGGGAGAUUGUGCCGCUGAUGCGGGCGUGGGUGGCCAAGCACUUGGCCAAGCCCGGAGGCGGUGGCGCCCCGCGCGGCAAGGUUCCUCCCGAUGAGGCCGUUCCUUUCGAUGCCCGCGGCGACGCCGGCGUCCGGGUCACCAAGCUUCUCGACAUCGAGGAGAACGUGUGGUCGCCGAUGUUUGGUCUCAAGGGCAAGGUCGAUGUCUCGCUCGAGGCCGAGCUCUCGUUCGCCGACGGGACCAUCGAGACCAUGGUCAUGCCGCUCGAGCUCAAGUCGGGCAAGCUCCGCGGGUCACAAUACUCGUCGGACCAUCGGGCGCAGGUCCUGCUCUACACGCUGCUGAUGGCCGACAAGUACGCGGUCGAGGUCUCAUCGGCGCUUCUGUACUACACCAAGGCCGGCAAGCUGUUUGGCGUCCCAGUCCGGCGUGGCGAAAUCCAGUCGCUCGUCAUCCAGCGCAACAAUCUGGCGGUCUUUAUGGCCGAGCGCAACUCGCGGCCUCCCAUGCUGCGGUCGACGCGGACGUGUUCCCGGUGCUCACAGCUUGCAACGUGCACUCUCUAUCACGCCGCGGUCGAGGGCGGCAAUGCCGAGACCUCGGGCCUCGGUGAGGUGUGGGACUCUGCGGUGGCUCACCUGCCGACAGCGCACCUUGACUACUUUGCGCUGUGUGAGAAGAUGCUUGCGCUGGAGGAGGGUACCGACACGUCGUCGAACGCUGAGAUCUGGACCAUGUCCGGCCCGGCCCGCGAGCGCAAGGGUACUGCCAUCUCGUUCUUGGUGGUGCGGUCGGUCACUGUGGCCGGCUCAAACUACCUGUACACCUUUGAGGAAUGGCGCCACAAGGCUGAGCACAUGCCGUCGCCGCAUCAGAGCACGUCCGGUGGCUCGGGCGUCCCGCUGUCGCCGUAUGCCACGCGGGCUCGGGUCGUCGACGGCCUCCUCGCCUCAACCCUCAAGGAAGGCGACUACGUGGCGCUAUCCACCGAGUACGGCCACAUCGCUGUCGAAACUGGGUUUGUGCACGAGCUGACGCCCGAGACCAUCACCCUCAAGCUCGACCGCGAGCUGCGGGUGGCGCACCUUGAUGCUGGAGGCACCACGGGAGCGCCGGCGCCACCACCACCGGUCCCGCGGUCCUCGCAGGCCUACCCGUUUGCCUCGGCCGACGACAAGUCGUCGCUCCCGUCACCGCCGUCGUUCCAGUGCCGAUACGAGCUGCAGACCGGGCGUGACUACGCAUCGCAGCAGGUAGCAUCCGCAACGCUGCCGAUCCUGUACCGGGUUGACAAGGCCGAGCUCGGGCUCAACACCACCCGGCUGGCGCUGGUCUCGGCCAUGUCACAAGCUUCGACCGACUGCCAUCUCCGCGAACUGGUCAUUGAUCUCAAGCCGCCGCGGUUUGGAGACCGCGUCACCGCGCGCGCCGCCAUUGCGCCGCACGUCCUCGACGGCCUCAACGACGACCAGCAAAGUGCGCUAGCGACGGUCAUGGCUGCCAAGGACUACUCGCUCAUUCUCGGCAUGCCCGGGACCGGCAAGACAACAACGAUUGCGCGGGCGGUCCAGGCGCUAGUGUCGGUCGGGAAGCGGGUGGUCAUCGCGUCGUACACCCACCUCGCCGUGGACAACAUCUUGCUCAAGCUCGCCGAGGCCGGAGUCCACUUUCUGAGGCUCGGCUCGUCGCGCAAGGUACAUGCCGAUCUGCAGGACUACACCGAGCGGGUGCAGAUCGGGCGGUGUGGAAGCGUCAAGGAGGUGCAGAACAUGUACGAGUCUGUGGCGGUGGUCGGUUGCACUUGCCUCGCCUUCAAGAAUAAGCUCUUCUCCAAGCAGCAGUUCGACGUGUGCAUUGUCGACGAGGCAUCGCAGAUCACCCAGCCGGGUGUGCUCGGCAUUCUGCGGGUCGCCUCGUCGUUUGUGCUCGUUGGCGACCACAACCAGCUCCCGCCACUGGUGCGGUCGGAGGAGGCCGCAGAGCUGGGACUGCGGACCUCAAUGUUCAAGCGGCUUUCCGAGGCCCACCCGGCCGCGGUUGCCGUCCUCACCAAACAGUACCGCAUGAAUGCGUCGAUCAUGCUCCUCGCCAACACACUCAUCUACGAGCAACAGCUCGAGUGCGGGACAUCACAGGUCGCCCGCGGCCGGCUCAAGCUCCCGCACUUUCCCACCGCACUGGCGCGGCCGGCGUCACGCGGGCUCUCGGCCGCAGAGGUACAGGACGUGCUCAUGUCGCAAGGCCCGGCGGCGCUCUCGCAGCAUUCGAGCGCCUCUGCACAGACGGCGACGGGCAGGUCGUGGCUGGCGGCGGCAGUCGAUCCGGCGGCGCCGGUCGUCUUCCUCAACACCGACGGGUGCCCAGCCCCAGACACCAACGACGGCAAGGCUGUGCGGAAUCACGUCGAAGCCGAGCUGGUCCACCUUGUAGCCCGCGGCCUACUGGCGUGCGGGCUCGAUCCUGGCGAUCUCGGCGUCAUCUCGCCGUACCACGCCCAACUCAAGGUCAUCCGGAGGUACCUCGCACCGGUGUCGCCGCGGGUUGAGGUGCACACUGUCGACCGGUACCAGGGCCGCGACAAAGAGUGUAUCAUCUUUUCGUGCGUGCGUUCCAAUACAAACGGUACCAUCGGCCGGCUGCUCGCCGACUCGGCCCGGAUCAACGUGGCGCUCACCCGUGCCAAGAAGAAGACGGUGCUCAUCGGCUCGCUUUCCACGCUCUCGUCGUCGCCGCUCUUUGCCUCGCUUUUUGCGCUGCUUCGGACCCACUCGUGGGUCGUCGACCUCGGCCGCGACGCGCACCGGCUCUUCCACGAGUGGAUCCCGGUGAGCUCGUCGCCGCACGCUGGCCUCCACAGCGGCGUCGAAGAUGACCACGACGACGGCUCAAGCGGUGUGCACGGACCCAGCAUCGAGACAGAGCCGAUGAUUCUUGUCGAUGCAACCGAGGACGGCGAGUAACACGCGAGCAAGCGGGCGCGCAGGGUGUACGGGCAGACGAGAGCUUUUACGUCUUGACGUCGCCGCUACCGAUCCGGAUAAGGAAA